AUGUCGUACAGACGAAUAUUGCUGCCGGAACCUCCGCCAGUCAUAGGAUCGGCAGGAACGCCGGACAUCUUCGAGCAAGGCGGCACGGCGUCUGUGAUUCGUCGCGCUGUGAUUAUAGGAAAUGGCCACCCCGGGAGUGAACACCAGAGCCUGGGCCUCGUGCGAGCUCUGGGACUCGGGGGGUCCAUGGAGAUUCAGAGAGUGAUUCGUCCCAAGACCGGUCUGCACCGCUGGUUACGCUGGUUACCACUAGAGACGCACCAGCAGCUAGACGCGUAUCUCUCUCUGCGUCUGGCAUGGCUCUUCCAAGCCGUGUCCUCCGUAGUCCUCCGAUUAGCCCUUCUCCCACCCCCCAGAUUAAGCUUGCCAGCUCCCUCCACACCCCCAUCGUCAUCAGCAUCAUCAUCAUCAUCCGCAGCAGCAGCAGCAGCAGCAGCAGAAGUGCUAGCAGCAUCAGCGACAGCAGCAGCAGGCAUGAGUUCAGCAGCAGGUAGAGAAGCAUUUUCCGUAGCGUCUACAGAGGGUCGUUCUGGUGUAGGAACGGAAGCAGCUAGUUCACUUUAUAACCCCUUCUCAUCUCCGUCCUUCAACGGUACUGCAGAUUCCUCUGGCAAGCCGUUGGAAACAGUAUCAGGUUCUACUAACGGUAGGAAUGGCACCUUCGCCAAUGGCACCUUCACCAAUGGCACCUUCGCCAAUGGCACAUUCGCCAAUGGCACUUUCGCCAAUGGCACCUUCGCCAAUGGCACCUUCACCAAUGGCACCAAUUCUUCUUCAUUCCAUACCUCUGACCCUUUCCAUCCUCGUUCGGAGCCGACUCAACAUACGCCCAGAUCCGUGCUCCUUCCUCGCAGCACCCCUGCCUCCGCCCAACGGCCUCAUGUCCUAUCACAAGCUUCCACGUCAGCGUUUCUCCCUGCUGCUGCUCCAGCGGACCCUGCUGCCAUUGCCAGGGAGGCGAAUGAGACCCUUGAAAGCGAAGGCCCACUGCUGGUGGUGGCGGCUGGGAGGGACACAGCGGCAGCAGCAGCAGAGGUGAAGCGCCUAGCUCCCAGCUCCACCCUUGUUGUGCAGAUCCAGCACCCCAGAAACGACCUCCACCAGUACGACCUGGUGGUGGCGCCUCUGCACGACUUCUACGGGCUCACAGCAGCAGCCAGCAGGGAGGUGCCUUCAUGGAUACUGAAAUGGAUCGCUCCUCCUCCGCCCGCUAAGAACGUGAUGUUGACAACUGGCGUGUUGCACAUAGCAGAGCCGUCUCUCCUCCGCUCAGCAGCUGCCACGUGGCACUCCCUCAGUGACUUCCCCAAGCCACUUGUCGUGGUCAACAUUGGUGGACCCACUCGUCACUGUAGUUACCGCCCAGAUUUGAUUGCACAGCUGGCAAGGACACUAAAGGAGAUGCUGCAAGAGUGUCAGGGGUCUCUCAGCGUCUCCUUCUCCAGAAGAACACCCGUGGCGAUGCAACGAGUGCUGCAGCAAGAGCUGAAGGACCAAGAUGCUGUUUAUAUAUGGGAUGGUCAAGGCCUGGACCCUCACUUGGGUAACCUCGCUUGGGCUGACGCGUUUAUAAUCACAGCGGACUCUGUCAGCAUGAUCAGUGAAGCCUGCUCCACAGGGUAA